CUAGAGAUAUUUUCUCUCUCUAGAAAAUCCUCUCUAAAAAUAAAAAUUUGUAUGCCGUCCCUCGUCCUUGCCUCUACCUUGCCCUUUUCUCAUUCGCGAUAACUUCCGAACAAAACCUACUGAAACACAUUACAGAAAACACAGACAAAACACACCACAUCAGCGAACGGCUUAGAGAGAAAGUAGAGAACUGGUUCUGGAUUCGUUUUUCAUCACCUGCGAGAUCUUGUCCCACCUACAAUGUAUACUUUGUAGCGGACAAGGGUUUACUCUGAAGGUCUCAAAUUUCAAAUCUUGGAGUGAUUAGGGUUACGAUCAAGAAGCAGAUUAGGAAUCUUGGGGUCCAUUGGACUUUUAUGGGCAUGAGCUUCGAUCUUUCAAGUGUUCCAGGUGGUGGAUUGUGCUGUUGUAGUGUUGCCCUUUUUGGCAUUGGAAUUUCAUCAGAGAGAGUGAGUGGGGAAAUCAUUUUCUGCAUGGAAGAGGAUUGCACGUAUAGAAUUGUGUAGGCUGUGAUCAGGAGCUGGGAAUUUCUUGUUUGUAGAUUAAAGGGUUUAGUUUCUGUUGCUCAUAGUAGGGGAUGAUUUUGGUUAUCGGUUUUGAUCAUAAGGUGGAGGUGAUGUUUCUAUUUUGGCCGGGCAGGCAAGGCAGAAAAUCCGAUUGCAGAAAACCCAUUUUGUUUCUCAAGAAACCAUUUGGAUUAACAUAGUUUGAGCAAAGUCUGUGCCCCCAAAGAGCAUUUUAUUCUCUGCUGUAACUGUGUCUGGACGCUAGAGUUUGCAGUAGUAGCACCAGUGUGAUAUCUAGUAGCUUGGAUUAAAUUAAUUUUCUUGAACCAAAGGUUACUUAUAUUUUGUGGGUGUUGGAAUUUGUGAGUGCUUGGUGACCGAAAAGUUCAUUAAGAAUUAUUGAAGCUGGAAACGAAUGCGGGGACAUGGUGCAUGGGCAAGAUCAUUGUUGCUGGUUCGUUCACUUUCUUGAACAGUGCUGCUGGAAAGUAAUUGAAGCAUUUUUCUUUCUCUUCAGUGCCCAUUUGGCUUAUUCCAGGAUCUUGUGCAAUGUCUCGUUGUUAUCCAUUUCCACCACCAGGAUAUGAAAAGAAGACUAGAACAGAUGAUAUUGACUUGCUGAAAAAGGAGAAGAGCAGAGAGAAAAAGCAUAAAAAGGAGAAGAAAGGCAAAGAAAAGAGAGAGAGUAAAGAAACAAGGGAGAAAGAUAAAAGUGAUGGAGAGCAUAGAGAUAAGAAAGAGAGAAAGAAAAAGAACCGUGACAAAAAGAAAGAGAAGGAGAAGGAGAAGGACAGGGACAAAGGUAAAGCGAAAACCCGCAUCUCAGGGGAGAAGAGAGUUGCCGGACAGUAUGAGAAUGAUGACAAACAGAGGUUUCAUCAGGAAGAGAAGAACCAGGAUAAAGAUAAAAGCAGUGUCUCAAAUGAGAAGAAACAGACUAUGCAGUUCCAGGGUUACGAUAAAGAGAAGCCUAUCAAAAAUAGCCUUCUGGCCAAAGAGACCGAGGAUUCAAGAUUCUUGCAGGAGUUGGAUAGGAGGAUCAGAGAUGAAGAAAAGGGUGCCGGAACCCAGUUGGUUGAGAGAUUUGCCAGUGGAGAUCCAAGAAAGGAAGAGGGGAUGGGCAAAUUGGUGGUCAAGGAUACUGGACGUUUGGUUGAAGAGAAGGAAGAAGACAAGGAUAGGAGAGUUGAUAAUAGAAAGAUGGAUGGGCGAGAGAUGGGCAAAUUGGUGGUCAAGGAUGGUGGACCUUUGGGUGAGGGGAAGGAAGAAAACAAGGAUAGGAGAGUUGAUAAUAGGAAGAUGGAUGGGCGAGGAAUCAGGUUUGAGACAGGAUUUAAUGGAAUUACGAUGGCCCAGAACAUCACUGGUAUGGUCCAAAAUGGAACUGAAGGUAUGCCCAGACCAAUGGAGAAAAACAUUGAGACAAGGAUGGAAGGGAAAGAGACGUCCAAAGAGAAAGAUGUUAAUGAUAAAAGCGGCGUUAAAAGGAAGGAUAAAAAUAGGGAGGAAAAGAGCCAGACGAAGGAUAAAGAUGUGGAAAAAGAGAAGAAGAAAGCAGAGAAAGUGAAAGAGAAAAGUGAAAACAAGUUUGUAGCGCAGGAUAAAGUUAAAGAUAGCAACAAGAAUGGCCUUAUUGAUGAUACUGCCCAUAUAAGAAACUUGCAUCUUCCCAAGGAGAGUGACAGGACUGCUGCCGCGGUGGGAAAUAUCAAUAAAAGAAACGACCUUGGGACAAAUGGAUUUUCACAUGCCGACGAUGUUAGGCCCAAUAAAAAGCCCAGGCCCACUUCUCAUCUAUCGACAGAAAAUGGAAGAAAAUUGGAACCUUGCCAAACUUCCAUCCUGUUUCCUUCAGAUAGACAGGGAACUGCCAAUAAUUUUAAGUUGGAUAGUAAGGAGAGCAAGCGAAAUGGUAUAACUGAAGUGCAGCCAUCCUUCUCUAUCUCCUCAGUGGAGGCUUUGUCUGCUGUUAAGCAAGCCAAUAAAAUUGCAGCAGCAUCAAGAAAACCACCCCACCCUGAUUCCAAGUAUCUGAGUAAGGUACUUUCAGUUCCCAAAAUGGAAGAGUGGCUUGAUUUUGAUGGCCAGGAGUGGCUCUUUAGCAGCAACAUCCCCCCAUCAAAGAAGCUUGAUGAGGGUUCUCUUGGGACGAACGAGAUACCACUGGUGUGGGCUGAACCUCUGAAGAUGGAGUCAGCUGAUGUUUGUGCUCUGCCAUAUGUCAUUCCUUACUAGCAUUUAAAUGGGGACGAUUCAACGCAAAGGACACAGCUAUUGCAAAGUAAUGGCAACAUCGGACUUCUGAGAUGGAUUACUCUCAUUGGCUUUCUGCGUUCUUUUGUUGUUACACUCCUCAGUUGCAGAAAGUAUUUUGUGACUGAUACCCUGUUUAGAAAUUGUUUCCAAUGAAAUGGUUUCUGUCACUCGGUAGGUUGAUGGUGUGUCUUUGCGACGCUAGGGUUAGAGAGUCAUUUUUUGCCGCCUUGCACUGAACAGCUAAUUCACUCAAAUGGGAAUUUGCAUAAAGACUCAGACUCUCAGAGGCAUCAUAGGAGAGCUUUGUUUAGGAAGGAUGAUGUAUAAGCUUAUGAAAUUUUAUUUCAUUUGCUCAAGGCUGAUGUGCUCUUUCUCAUUGAGUGUGUGUAAGAAAAUCUAGCUGUGGUCCUCUGCAUUUCACCAAAAUUUUUGAUUUUUAACAUAGAACUCUUAUUUUACCCCCAAAAAAAAAAAAAAAAUGUAAGAUAAGAGGGAAAAGAAAAAGAGUUAGUUUCCUUCAGUUGAUCAUCAUUUGCUGUAAUUAUAGUUUUUUGUUCAAAUUUCUUUCUGUUAUCUGUA